GCAAUUCAACAACCGCUCGUGGGAACCUCCUAGGUAAAGCCCUCAAACACACGUUUAUUGUGUUGAUUGCAAUAUUAUUCCCCUGAUUCUUUAUAUUUGCAAAUAUUAAAUAACAUUUCGCACAUUUUCCCUUUAGGAAGGUAAUUGGAGUAUGGCAUACUGAAGUUCUCAGCUCUUUAAGGACUGUAUGAAAUGUUUGAAUAAUAGCGAGCGUCUACAGCGGAACGCAUAAACUGGGGGAAUUGUAAAUACCUUGGGGCUUGGUCUUUUAAUGUUCACUUUCCGUUAGUGAACGUUAGCUCAUUCAUUUCGGAAUUUGUACGAAGAUCUGGCUCAUUAUCUCCUGCCAGAAUCUCAAGCGAAGGGCUGUAGUCUUCUACCUGUUGAAAUCAUGAGUCAGGCGGACGUGACUUGCUCUGCGCGUCAGAGAGUAUUUCAGGAAGCGCUCAGGAAGGGCAAUACUAAGGAACUUCAUUCACUCUUGCAAAACAUGACAAACUGUGAAUUUAACGUGAAUUCUUUCGGACCAGAGGGUCAGACGGCGCUUCAUCAGUCCGUGAUCGAUGGCAACCUGGAGUUAGUAAAGCUACUGGUGAAGUUCGGUGCAGACAUCCGUCUGGCCAACAGAGAUGGAUGGAGCGCCCUGCACAUAGCAGCGUUUGGUGGACAUCAAGACAUCGUUCUUUACCUCAUCACACGGGCGAAGUACUCAUCAAGCGCGCUCUGAGGCAAUCAAAGAAUCUGACGCUGUACCUUUAAGCCUAUCAUACAUUUGACCACAUUGUGCCAAAGUAAAAGACAGCUUGUUUGUGAUGUGAUGGAUUUAGGAAAUUGAUUUGAUAUCGAUAGGCACAGCAUUCGAAUCCAAAAGGCUAUGUUUGAUAAUGUUGGGUUGGUACAAUGUCAUGGAUGUGGUUUGCCAACUUUGGAUAUAUGAUGAAAACGAUUGCUGUGUUAUUUAUAGAUUUAUUUGAGAAUACGACACAUUGAACAGUCGUUUCAAAGUAAAAAAAAGAUGAUACUAGGUGGUCCUACUGGAUGACUAGUCUCAGGGUGCGAUUAUGGGGGGUCUGACUCUUUAAUUAACGCUUUACCGCCCCAAAAGAACAAUAUAACGGUGGUCUUGGAAGUACGCAGGCCUAUUCUUUUUACAUUUAUUUCAAACAACGUUUUUAAGAACGUCAAAAAAAUCCCAGA